AUGCUGUCUUUCGAAAUAUACGUUGGGAAGACUGAAGAUCCUGCAAAGAAGUUCGUACUCGGAGGGGAUACCGUCCUGUCACUUCUGACAGGCGCUGAAAUUCCACCAAACUCCGGAUACAAGAUAUUCUUCGACAACUAUUUUACGUCAGUCAAGCUUUUGGAACAUCUUUCUGAGAUGGGAUACUGUGCAACUGGUACUGUGCGAGAAAAUCGAGUGGAUGGCUGUCCCCUGAAGCCAAAGUCCCAGGUGAAAAAGCUUGAACGAGCCAGCUACGACUACAGGACUCGCAAGAACGUACUGGUUGUUAGAUGGAUCGAUAACAGCGUUGUAACUGUGGCGACCAAUUACGAUGGGACAGAUGUGGGUGCAACAAAACGCUGGUCACGUGAGGAGCGAAAACAAGCUACGGUGCCACAGCCCAAGGUGGUCGCACACUACAAUAAAGGAAUGCGCGGAGUGGACAACAUAGACCAGCAGGUAGCGACCUAUCGCAUAAAGAUGUGA